AUGCUGACAGAAAGCAUGAAGCUCUGGCAUGGAUUAGUGAUUGCAGUGGUGUCGCUCAUCCUCCAGGCCUGUCUCUUCGCUGCCAUCAGCUACCUGCUCAGCAGGCACAUGGCCAAGGAGAGUGAGCGGAUACUGAAAGGAGCCAGGCUCCAGGCCCCAAGGCCCAGUCCUGCCCACCAUCAGCCACUUGCUGUCAAGGAGCAGACUCCAAGCAUUCCUGCGUCUAAGCCCCAUCAUAAGAACGACAGCGAUACAUCCUCAGAUAGCUCUGACAGCUCGGACAGCUCAGACAGCUCGUCUCCAGCCUGCCAGGCCACCCAGGAUAUGAAUUAUACACAAGUGGUCUUUUCCACCCCUGGAGAACUAAAAAAUGAAUCUGCCCCGGACUAUGAGAACAUAAAGGAAACCACAGAUUAUGUGAAUGUCAAUCCAAAAAGUCACAAGCCCAAUUUCUGGACUUUUGUGAGCCCUGAUGACUCCGAGCUGGUGGAAUACACUCAGGUGGCCAUGUGA